AUGAGAUCUUGGUUAUCACGUUUAGGAUUUCUAUAUGUGGCAUUAGUCAUUUUAAUACCAUUUUUAAAUAGUUUUGUACAAGCAGAAGAUGAUAUAACAGAUAAUUAUGGAACUGUUAUUGGUAUUGAUUUAGGUACAACUUAUUCUUGUGUUGGUGUAAUGAAAAAUGGUAAAGUUGAAAUAUUAGCAAAUGAUCAAGGUAAUAGAAUUACUCCUUCAUAUGUUAGUUUUAAUCAAGAUGAAAGAUUAGUUGGUGAUGCUGCAAAAAAUCAAGCUUCAUCAAAUGUUAAUAAUACAGUUUUUGAUAUUAAAAGAUUAAUUGGAUUAAAAUAUAAUGAUGAUACUGUUCAAAAAGAAUUAAAACAUUUACCUUAUAAAAUAGAAAAUAAGGGAAACAAACCAGUUGUUAAAGUAGAAUUUAAUGGAGAUGAAAAAAUAUUUUCACCAGAAGAAAUUUCAGGUAUGAUUUUAGGUAAAAUGAAAUCAAUUGCUGAAGAAUAUCUUGGUAAAAAAGUUACUCAUGCAGUUGUUACUGUUCCUGCUUAUUUCAAUGAUGCUCAAAGACAAGCAACCAAAGAUGCUGGUACUAUUGCUGGUUUAAAUGUCUUGAGAAUUGUUAAUGAACCUACUGCUGCAGCAAUUGCUUAUGGAUUAGAUAAAACUAAUGAAGAAAAACAAAUUAUUGUUUAUGAUUUAGGUGGAGGUACUUUUGAUGUUUCAUUAUUAUCAAUUGAAGGUGGUGUUUUUGAAGUUUUAGCAACUGCUGGUGAUACUCAUUUAGGUGGUGAAGAUUUUGAUUUUAAAAUUGUAAGAUAUCUUGCAAAACAAUUUAAAAAGAAACAUAAUAUUGAUAUUACUUCAAAUGCUAAAGCUAUUUCUAAAUUAAAAAGAGAAGCUGAAAAAGCUAAAAGAACUUUAUCUUCACAAAUGUCAACAAGAGUUGAAAUUGAUUCAUUUGUUGAUGGUAUUGAUUUUUCAGAAACUCUUUCAAGAGCUAAAUUUGAAGAAUUAAAUAUGGCAUCUUUUAGAAAAACUUUAAAACCAGUUGAACAAGUUUUAAAAGAUGGUAAUGUUAAAAAAACAGAAAUUGAUGAUAUAGUUUUAGUUGGUGGUUCAACAAGAAUUCCAAAAGUUCAAGAAUUAUUGGAACAAUUUUUUGAUGGUAAAAAGGCUUCUAAGGGUAUUAAUCCAGAUGAAGCAGUUGCUUAUGGUGCAGCUGUUCAAGCAGGUGUUUUAAGUGGUGAAGAAGGUGUUGAUGAUAUUGUUUUAUUGGAUGUUAAUCCAUUAACUUUAGGUAUUGAAACUUCAGGUGGUGUUAUGACUACUUUAAUUAAAAGAAAUACUGCUAUUCCAACUAAAAAAUCACAAAUUUUUUCAACUGCAGCUGAUAAUCAACCAACUGUUUUAAUUCAAGUUUAUGAAGGUGAAAGAACUAUGGCUAAAGAUAAUAAUAGAUUAGGUAAAUUCGAAUUAACUGGUAUUCCACCAGCACCAAGAGGUGUUCCACAAAUUGAAGUUACUUUUUCAUUAGAUGCUAAUGGUAUCUUAAAAGUUGAAGCUGCUGAUAAAGGAACUGGUAAAUCAGAAAGUAUUACAAUUACUAAUGAAAAAGGAAGAUUAUCAAAAGAAGAUAUUGAUAGAAUGGUUGAAGAAGCAGAAAAAUAUGCUCAACAAGAUCAAGAAUUAAAAGAAAAAAUUGAAGCAAGAAAUUCAUUAGAAAAUUAUGCUCAUGUAUUAAGAGGUCAAUUAAAUGAUAAAUCAGAAACUGGAUUAGGUUCAAAAUUAGAAGAAGAUGAUAAAGAAGCAUUAGAUGAUGCUAUAAAGGAAACUCUUGAAUUUAUUGAAGAUAAUUUUGAUACUGCAACUGCUGAAGAAUUUGAAGAACAAAAACAAAAAUUAAUUGAUGUUGCUAAUCCAAUCACUGCUAAAUUAUAUGGUGGAGAUGCAGGUGCACCAGGUGGAGCACCAGGAGGAGAUGCUAAAUUCGGUGACGAUGACUCUGAUGAUGAAUUAGAUCAUGAUGAAUUGUAA